CGAGCCGGUCCUGCCCCUCUGUGGGCACCUCCCAGCUCCGUUUGGGUCUAUGGAGGAAAAACUCCACUGGGUCGCCGAUUUCCAUGGCCGCAGCCGCCUGCGGCACCAAGGCCAUGUCCCUUUUCAAGCGCACCUUGGUGCUGAGCCCCACCGCGGCGCCCAGGGGCCCGGGCGCAGGCACCCCGCCGCGGGGCUGCAGCUUGCCUCACACCACCUGGCCCUGCAAGGACUGGCCUCGCGGGGAGGGCUGUUGCAACAGGCUCUGGAGCCGUCUGCCCCACUCCCACUCCUGCUCCUCGACAUCUCCCACCUCUGUGUGUCUUCUCUGCCCUCAGGACUCGCUCAGCAGCAGCUUGAAAACUUGCUACAAGUAUCUGAAUCAGACCAGUCGCAGUUUCGCAGCUGUUAUCGAGGCCCUGGAUGGGGAAAUGCGGAAUGCAGUAUGCAUAUUUUAUCUGGUUCUCCGAGCUCUGGACACUCUGGAAGAUGACAUGACCAUCAGCGUGGAAAAAAAGGUCCCACUGUUACACAACUUUCACUCUUUCCUUUAUGAACCAGACUGGCGGUUCAUGGACAGCAAGGAGAAGGAUAGACAAGUGCUGGAGGAUUUCCCAACGAUCUCCCUCGAAUUUAGAAACCUGGCUGAGAAAUACCAAACAGUGAUUGCUGACAUUUGCCGGAGAAUGGGAAUUGGGAUGGCAGAGUUUCUGGAUAAGCACGUGACCUCUGAGCAGGAGUGGGACAAGUACUGUCACUAUGUUGCCGGGCUGGUGGGGAUUGGCCUUUCACGUCUCUUCUCGGCCUCAGAGUUUGAAGACCCUUUAGUUGGUGAAGAUGUAGAACGUGCCAACUCGAUGGGCCUGUUUCUGCAGAAAACAAACAUCAUCCGAGAUUACUUGGAAGACCAGCAAGAAGGAAGAGAGUUUUGGCCUCAAGAGGUUUGGGGCAGGUAUGUCAAGAAGUUGGGGGAUUUUGCUAAACCAGAGAAUAUUGACUUGGCAGUGCAGUGCCUGAAUGAACUUAUCACCAAUGCCCUACACCACAUCCCAGAUGUCAUCACUUACCUCUCCAGACUCAGAAACCAGAGUGUGUUUAACUUCUGUGCUAUUCCACAGGUAAUGGCCAUUGCUACUUUGGCUGCCUGUUACAAUAAUCAGCAGGUGUUCAAAGGGGUGGUAAAGAUUCGAAAAGGACAAGCAGUGACCCUAAUGAUGGAUGCCACCAAUAUGCCUGCUGUGAAAGCUAUAAUAUACCAGUACAUGGAAGAGAUUUAUCACAGGAUCCCCGACUCUGACCCAUCUUCUAGUAAAACAAGGCAGAUCAUCUCCACCAUCAGGGCACAGAAUCUUCCCACCUGUCAGUUGAUCUCCCGAAGCCACUACUCCCCCAUCUACCUGUCCUUUGUCAUGCUCUUGGCUGCCCUGAGCUUGCAGUAUUUGAGCACACUCUCCCAAGUCACAGAAGACUAUGUUCAGACCGGGGAACACUGAUUUGCAUUUGUCCGGAAGCUGAGGUUCACCACGAAAUGGAUUUACUUUUUCUUCAAGGAUGGAUGUUGGCUUCCUUUUAUUUUUUUCUUUCCAUUUCAUUCCCCACCUAAGAGAAAGCUGCAACUUUUAGGACACUGAGACACAGCUGAGGAGAAUCUACAAUGCAAAGGAAAGGCUGCCGUGCCCUCCGCAGCCUGGUCCUCGGGGUGGUGUCCACUUAGCUGCUUGUGCUGCCGGCAGAGCAUUCUGUGCUGCAGAUUAGGUGAAAUGCCUGCAUGGGGGACUGUCACACAGAAUCUGGCUAGAAUUAUAAUUAAAUGUAUUUAAUUU